CGGAAGCCGUGGCGUUGCCAUAGUAACCACCGUAAACUAUUCGCGGUGUGCUGCGAAGACAGGCUGGUAUCUUGGAGAAGACAUGAAAGAACCACAUGAUCAGGAUACCGAUGAGGGAAAAUCAGAUGGAUCAAAGAGUGAUGGGAAGCAGUCUUCCAAGUCUGAAGGGAAAUCUCAUACAAAAGAAGCCUUAGAAGAUAUCACAGAUGAAACAAUUACCGAAGGGGAAGAAUCAUAUCUAGAGGAAGAAGGUUCAGAUCUGGAAAAUGAGGAGGCAAGUUCAGGUUCAUCAGGAUAUGACUAUUCAGAUAGCACUAAAACAUCUCAAGAACCUGCUGCCCCAGGAGCAGAAGAGGCAGAGGAGGAAGUUAAGAAAAUAUCAGAGUCUUUCUUCUACAAUUACACGGAGCUUGCUUCAAUGCCUUUUGUGACUCCAGAUUCUGGCAUACCUCUGAAUUUCCUUGAGCUCGUACAUUCUUUUGGCUAUGACUGCAGAAAACGAGCCAACCUACAACUUCUAGACAGCAAUACCAUAUUGUACGUUGCUGGGAAUCAGCUGGUCCUUCUGGAUAUUAAAACCAAGGAACAAAUCUACCUGCGAAGUAGCAGUGGUGAAGGAAUUGGUGCCAUUGCGGUUCAUCCACAUAAAACUUAUUUCGCAGUAGCUGAAAAAGGAAGUUUUCCAAAGAUUAUCAUCUAUGAAUACCCUUCUUUGAGGCCCUACAGAAUCCUUCAAGGUAAGUUCUGGGAAAUGGCUUUUACAUUCACUGGACUCAAGCUGCAGGGAUCACUAGGUCGAUUUGGCAAAACAGCUACUACUGACAUAGAAGGCUAUGUGGAACUCCCGGAUGGGAAGGUGCUCUCAGGGUCUGAAUGGGGCAACCUGCUGCUCUGGGAAGGCAGUCUCAUCAAAGUGGAGCUCUGUCGAACUGGCACGAAGUCUUGUCACCACGGUCCCAUCAACCAGAUAAUGCUGGAUGAGGGCGAGGUCAUCACUGUUGGGUCAGAUGGUUGUGUUAGGAUAUGGGACUUUGAGACAAUAGACACUGCUGAUACUAUAGAUGACACUGGAUUAUUGGAGAUUGAGCCUAUUAAUGAGCUUAAAGUAGGCAAGAAUGUCAAUCUCUUCUCGAUGAUAAAAAUGAAUGAAACUGGAAAUAACUUUUGGUUGGCUCAGGAUGCCAAUGGAGCCAUUUGGAAGCUUGACCUUAGUUUUUCAAAUAUUACCCAGGAUCCAGAAUGCCUCUUCUCCUUCCAUUAUGGAGCUAUUGAAGCCUUGGCUGUUUCUCCUCUCACUUAUCUCAUGGCCACUACUGCCUUGGACUGCUCUGUUCGAAUCUAUGAUUUUGCUGGCAAAAUUCCUUUGGUUCAGAUGAAAUUCAAACAAGGUGGUACUGCCCUUACCUGGGCACCCAGAACGGUAAACUACUCUGGAGCACAAAUUGUUGUAGGAUUUGAAGAUGGUGUUGUUCGAAUUCUUGAACUCUAUGAUCCAAAAGGGCUCACAAUUUUUACAGGACGGAAGAAAAUUUUGGAUGCUGAUAUUUAUUUUAGACAGGUUUUCAAGCCCCACACUGCCCGAGUCACUGCUUUAGCUUAUGACCGUGAUGGAGAAAUUCUCGCAACAGGGAGUAAAGAUCACACUGUCUUUUUCUUUGAAGUGGAUAAAGAUUGUAAGCCAAUUGGUUAUAUUAAAACUCCCGGGCCUGUUUGCCAGUUGAUAUGGUCCACACUCUCUCAUCCUGAAAGUACUUUACUGAUUAUCUGUGAAAAUGGCUAUAUUCUUCAGGCUCCAUAUCCACCCAUUAACGAAGAAGUGGACAAUUACAGUGUACUCUCCUAUGAAAUCAAUGACAUGCCCCUAAGAUAUUUCCAUUUCUCAAGUGUCAAAUCUAAGAUUGUGAGAUCAAUGGAAAUUGAAAGGAGAGAAAAACAAAAGGAGUUGAAGGCAAAGGAAAGAGAAGCAAGGAGGAGGAAACUAAUAGAAGAGAUGGGAGAAGAUGGAGAAAAAGAACUCCAGGAGGAAGAGGAAGAGGAAGAAGAGGAGCCGUUACCUGAGCUUUUCUUUCCCCCGACCCCUUCUCCCAUCCUCUGUGGCUUCUACUCUGAGCCAGAAAAGUUUUGGGUUUCAUUGGGUGGCUAUGAUUCUGGUUUUCUAUAUCACUGUGAAUUUCCCCCAUACGAUAAGAACGGUGAUUUCAAAGCACAGAAAGAUGAACCUUUUGAUUUCCGUGUUCUUAAAGAUACAGAAGAUAAUCCCAUUCAAACCAUCACUUUCAGCUUUGACCAAAGUAUGAUGUUCUGUGGAAUGAGAAAUGGAGCCAUUCGAGUGUACGUGCUGAACCCAAACGACCUUGCACUGACCGGCUUGGAGCACUACUGGCACUUCAACGUGCACGACAACAAUUACGGGUGUGUUAGAAGAAUCGCGACCAGCUUUGAUGACCGCUUCCUGGUGACCGCAGGGGCAGAUAGUAAUAUCUUCAUUUUCAACAUCUUUUCUGAAUUCGUGUUAAGGAAAGGCACCAAAGCCAAAGUGCCAUCUCCCAGGCUUGGAAUAGAAACAGAGCCAAUCCCAGAGGAUAUUGAUGACCCCAAAGCCUCCAGUAUUGAGAGUGCCAGGAAAAAAAGAGAACAUGACAAAUUAAUGAAAGAAGUGGAAGAAAUAAAAGCUGGGAAGAGAGAAAAAAUCAAGGCUUUGAGGAAUGAAUUUCAGAAGCUAUUAGAGAUGAAUAAAGAAUUGCCAAUGCAUAUGCAGUUUAAACGGACGGAUUUUAAUCUUGAUUCUGAAAUUCGUGCUGAGAUUGACAGAAACACAGUUUCUAAAAUUCAACAAUUGGAAGGAGAGUUAGCUUGGGAAAAACAGAAAUGUGAAAUAGGACUAAAGAAGCUACAGAGAAGAUUUCGUGAUUCACUGGAGAGUGAUAUAAUUGUGGUUCACGCCAUACAAAGUGACCACAAGAUCUCCUCCUACAGGCUGAUGAAGCCCUCCAAGUAUUCUAAAUUGAAACAAACAAGUCAGUCAGACAGGAGACCAAGCAAAUUGGAAAGGCUUGAAAAAGAAGGACCCGGAAGAAGAGAUAGUGUGAAAGACACAGGUGGGAGUAUUUAUGUAACAGAAGAAUCAGUGAUAGACAAAGGGAAUAAAUUUCGACCUAAAACCCUAAGUGAAAUUAUGGUGGAAAAUCAAAUUGAGAAGACCAGAAAACUUAUACUAAAAGCUGAAAGGGCUCAACUUAAGAUUCAGCAGCGGAAAAGAGAAUGGGAUGAAUUGUACAGAAGUAAACCUGAUGAUGAUUACGAAGAUCCCAAAGAUGUUCAAGCUAUCAAAGAAGCCCAAGUGUGUAUGGGAGAUUUCAACCUAAAGACGGCCUCAGACUACAAGAUACCUGAGCACAUGAGGAUAAAUGCUGCCAAGAAGGAAGAGGAACUGGGACACCUCGACUCUUUGGUCUAUACAAAGAAAGUCCACAUGAACAAGAGCAUCCUCUCUCUUCGAGACUUUAAAGUGGCUGUAGUUGAAGAAAUACAAUGCCUAGUACAAGAAGUAAAGAACAUUCAGUUGACCCUUCACAUAUCCAAGCAUAUCCCCAUCCCCCAGAUCCCUCAGAUACACCCAGAAGAAGUUCCAGAAAAGAGGUUUCAGUAUGAUGAAGAGACCCUCAUUAAGUUUAAGCAACACAGGUUGAAAGGUCUGAUUGGAAAGCCCCACCAAAUGGAGCAGGUUGAGUCUGCAAUCUCAGGUGCAAAGCAUGGCGAUUUGACCACACGAGACUCCUCACUUAGGUUUUCUGGAGGAUCAAGAUUCAAUUUAGAUCUUCAAAUGGAAUUUGAAAAAGCAGAGCCAACUGAAGUGGAGCUAGAGAUUAUGAAGAGGGAUGAGGUUAAACACCUGUAUAUGCAACAGUAUUUGAUCAACAGGAUCAAAGAACUGAUGGUUACUUUUGAUGCAGAACUCCGUCUCCUGAGACAUCAGAAACUAAAACUAGAUACUCAGAUGAAAUUAUCUGACCUACACCAUGUCACUUUAUUUCAAGAAAUUCUUCUUCUCAAGAAUUUUGAAAAACAGGAAAACAUACUUCAGGAGCGUGUUAAUUCAUUAGACAAAGAGGAGCAGGAUAUGCAGUGGAAAAUAAAUGAAACUCUUAAAGAGAUGGAAGAUAAAAAGAAUGAAAUCAUAAAGCUCCAGGAACAGGAAAAGGCACUUUAUGCUGGUUUCCAAACAGCCCUUGGAGAAAACAAUAAAUUUGCUAACUUCCUCAUGAAGGUCCUAAAGAAGAAGAUCAAGCGAGCAAAGAAAAGGGAGGUUGAAGGAGAUGCUGAUGAAGACGAAGAAAGUGAUGAAUCUAACGAAGACGAAUCCAGCCUAGAGGAUGAUGAGGACGAAUCUGGAUCUGAAGCUGAAGUUCUGGAUGAUUCUAUCUGCCCGAUAGGCUGUGAUGCGGCUCUUUUUGAACUGGCCCUUCAACUUCGAGAGAAAAGGCUGGACAUAGAGGAGGCCUUUGUUGAAGAAAAGAAAAUUGUUGAUAACCUCAAAAAGGAAUAUGAUACUUUGUCUAAAAAAGUAAAAGUUGUGGCAGUAAAUCUAGAGGCAGCAGAGGAGGCCCUGGAGGCUUAUCAGCGAGAGAAGCAGCAGCAGCUGAAUGAGGUGCUGGUUGUGAUUCCACUCAAGCUCCACCAGAUAGAAUAUAUGGUAUUUGGGGAGCUACCUAGUGAUCUUUCUGGUACUUUGGUCUUCUCUAAUCACUCCUUGGGACGACUGCAAGAACGAAUUGUACAGCUCCAUGAGGAAAACACCACACAACAAAAACUUAACAAGGAAUGCCGGGAGAGGCGUAAAAUGCUCAUCCGGGAAAAGAGAGAGAUGGCAAAAAACAUAGAGAAAAUGGAACAAACAGUCCGUCAACUAAUGGUCAGCAAGUUUGGCCGAGUAAUAGAUCUAGAAGCUCUUCAGACACUUUCUGUUAAUACAACACUUGAAGAACUGAAGAUCAAAAAACUUCGAAAGGAGCUAAUGAACGCAAAGGAAAUGAAGAUGUGGGAGGAAAAGAUUGCCCAAGCGCGGUGGGAACUGAUGAUGAAGACAAAAGAACACACCAAAAAACUUCACCAGAUGAACGAUUUAUGUCUUGAAAAAAAGAAACUUGAUUCUCGGUUGAAUACACUACAGAACCAGCAGGGCAAUGCCUUCCAGGGCCCUCGGAAGGCAGAUAUUGUGGCAAGAAAGAAGAUCACUGAACUGAUCCAUGUCCAGGCAGAAAAAAUUUUGGCAUUAAAGGAAGAGAUUGCUCUUUUGCGUAAGAAAGGGGGGCUUCUCCUCCCACCCAUUCAGACUUCACAGAAUUAAUGAGGCCCACGGACCUUUAAGUUUGCUGUUUUCUCAAAUCCACCCGAGAUUUCUAACAUGUUCACUGAAAGCUCUGUCUCCUUGUCACCCACCACCAUCCCAUUGCAAAGUGAACUUCUCUAAAACUCUAAAACCAGA